GCAUUGAGUGGCUGACGAUCAGAGAGUGCGGUGCAGACGCGCUUCGAUUCGAAUUUGUUUCUCUUCUCGCCUGUCAAUGUGAACGGGCCACAAACGUCAGAUAUAUUCUGUUAUUUUUUUUUUUUUGUUGAUUUUUGCAGCGAUUCUUCAGUCGCGAUAUCGCGAGUGACGAACACCACGAAAAAGGUGAAAAUUUACCCAGAAUAUGGUACUUUUCACCAGAAACAACGACAUGGACGAAACGAUGCCGCAAACAGUGCCUUCAGCUGGCUUCACCCCACCCUGUGACUACAGCGCAUUCGCAGACAGCUUCGACCUCUCCCUCCUGCCCGAAAACGACCCUUUCUCCCCCUCCAAUCUCUUCUACUCCUCCCCCUCUCCCUUCGAACCGCCUCCCGAAAAACCUAAAAGCUACCCCACCUUCUACACCGAAAAACCCGUCUUCUACCCCGAAGACCCCGAAAAAUCCGACUUCUACCCAGAAGACCCCGAAAAAUCCAAAAGCUACCCCAAUUUUUACCCCUUAUCUCCCCACGAGGACCUCGCCCCCGAUUUCCAGACCCUGCUGGUGCCUGAGGACUCCCCUGAUAGCUUCUCCAAGAGCUACCCCAGCAUAUACUUGGACGUGGCUAGUCCGGGACAGCCCUUGGCAGCCCUCAGUCCGGGGUCGCAGGGCUUGUUGAGCCCCUACGGGGGGUACAGACAAUCGGGGGAGGGUAAUUUUUACCCAAGUUCUCCGGAACAGUACACGGCUUCUCCCGGUUCGGUUUAUUCGAGGUCGCCUUGCGGGGAGGAGUUUCUGCAGUACGUGAAGAAAGAGGGGUAUUCUAGCUCGAGCAGCCCUUUGCACGGGUUCAGCACCUUUGGGAUCAAAGAGGAAGAAGGCAUAAAGGAGGAACUCACCGAGGAGCCAGACUCCCGCUGCCUGCGCCAACUGUUGGAGACGACCCCCAUCAGGGGGCAACAGACCCCCCCUCCCCCUUCCCAAAACCACAAGCUACUAAGAGAGGCCCUCGAGGACACCAGCUUCCAGAAGAGGUUCAACGUGAGGCCUCUCGACCUGGGCCUACUUGGCGAGGUGAAAAUGGAGGAGAUGGAGGAGAAGGAGGUCGACGCGGAGGAGGAUUAUUUGAGGGGGUGCGAAGAGGGGAUGGUGCAGGAAAGCAUAGCGCCCGUGCUGAAUUUGGCCAUUGAGCAAAUGAGGAAGGAUGUGGACAGCACUUGUGCUACUUUGGGAAUUUCCACCGAUCCAUCACAGUGGAACUCUGCCAGUGUGUUAUCCUGGAUCAGAUGGACGUCUCAACAAUUCGGACUUGAGGAACCAGCAGCUGACCAAUGGGACAUGCCUGGACCAGCCCUUGUAGCCCUUUCGGAAGAAGAUUUCACCAGAAGGGCUUCACAGGGUGGAAUACUUCAUGCCCAACUAGAAAUAUGGAAAGCUGCCUACUCGGAUGAUGAUUUAAGAAUACAGUGGCGUCCUGAAACUACCUCCAGCAAUGCCUCUAGCGGUGAUAUUUCUGAAGACGAAGAGGAAGAAACACCCCCACCCUCGGUACCCUCGGUACCCUCGGAACCCACCAAACCCACCACCUCUCGCUCCGCCACCCACAUCCACCUGUGGCAGUUCCUCAAGGAGCUGCUCGCCACCCCUCAAGCCAACGGCUCCUGCAUUCGAUGGCUAGACCGCUCGAAGGGCAUCUUCAAGAUCGAAGAUAGCGUCAAAGUGGCCAAACUGUGGGGCAAGCGCAAAAACAGGCCGGCCAUGAACUACGACAAGUUGAGCAGGUCGAUACGGCAGUACUACAAGAAGGGCAUCAUGAAGAAGACGGAGAGGUCGCAGAGGCUCGUUUAUCAGUUCUGUCAUCCGUAUAAUUUGUAGAAUCGCGAAAAUAACGAUAUUUACAUGUAUGUAAAAUAUCGGACAUGUGUGUAAAAUUUUGCAGACAUGUAUGUAAAAUAUCAGGCAUGUACGUAAAAUACGAACAUGUAUGUAAAAAAUCGUGUAAAUUGUUAAUUCCAAUACCAAAGUAACUAAUGUGGGGUGGUGAUAGGUUUUUCGUUAUAGAUUCAAACAUUUUGCAGUCAAAAUGUGAUCGAGGCUAGUAGCAUUGGGUAUUACUUUGUUACUAACGCCUCUAUGCUAGUUGAGCAUAUUUUUUACGGAAGGUAAUUUCCAGAAUAAUGUUGUCUUUAAUCGUGUAAGUAAAUUAUUCACCGUUCUGAGAUUCCGAUGGAACUUUUGCGAUUGUUUCUCGUGAACAGGCAUUGGAUGCUCGAGUUGUGUGACUUUUGAGCUCGAUGUUAGAGAAGCGAUCUGGUUCUGGAGGGAUCAUCUGUGCUCGGUGAUUUUUGGUCCCAUAUAUCUAUGAUAUAUCAUGUAAGUAAGUUCUAUGAACACAUUUUUAUAAUUUUAAGGUUGAAGAGAAGCAAUCUCUCGAGCAAUAUAUUGUGGUAUCUAAUAAAUUUAUUUUUGUAUACUUUAGCGUUUAAAGUUUCGAAUACUCGUAGAUUUAGUGUCUUACUGAAGUCUUGAACCUGUCUUGUGAUUUGAGCUAUCUAUGAUUUGAAAUCUAUUCAUUUAUACUCUUAGGUUAUCCUGUUUCUUAGUGAUCAAAGUGGAUUCAUUUCAAUAACUACAGUGUUAUUUUUCAUAAGUUGGUACUUUUUAUGAAUUCACUUCUGGCAUGUUUUAUAUUUUUUAUGGAAACAGAACAUAUCAGGAGUUCUUGUCAAUCUGAGUUUGUUUUCGUGAAUUUUGAGUUUCAGUCAUUCAUGUUGGAAUUGAAAACUAGUAAUAUUAGUAAUACAGAUGUUAUCUCAUUUACUAAAUGAAUGAUUUUCAAUUACAAACCUUUAAAAAUCGGUUGAUUGCAACUCCUUCGAAGAAUAUCAUAAUAAAAAUCUGAUCGAUGGCCUAAUUCGAAAUAGGUGCAAGACUUUGAAUACCUAUUCUGUAUUAUGUAAUAAUAUCAAAUCCUCCAUAUGGAUAUAGUAUUUUUCAAGUAACUUUGAUAGUUUGUGUUUUUAUUGAUAAUAAUUUAUGUAUAUAUUUAUUGUAGUUGAGUUUUUUAUAAAUGAUAAUCCACAAAUUUUAUAGCAGAAGAUAAAAAAUAAUAGAAAUUUAUC